AACGUCACCUCUUCUUCAACCUAAACAACUACUUACCCCUAACCUCACCUUGUACCCAUCCCGCACUCCCGCCUUCCUCUGAAUAUCCUUAGGUGACUCCGCAUCCUACCCCCUUCCCCUCCUCGGCUUUGGUCCUCGGUUUUCUUUUCGUCACUCCUUCACAAUGGCCUCUGAGGAUCAGGAUCAGAAGGUCACCCUCGACCCUACCUACGAUCAUUAUGACUUCCCCGUCCACAGCGCUACCGAGCGACCCGGCCACCCGGGCCAUACGACCCCCGAACAGGAUGCCCAGGUCUUUCAGCUGCGGUCCCUGUUGGAGCAGGAGGGGUACAAAGACCGGUUGGACACAUUGACAAUGCUGCGAUUUCUUCGAGCACGAAAGUUUAAUGUAGAGGCAUCUAAGAAGAUGUUCAUUGACUGCGAGAAUUGGCGCCAGGAAUUCAAACUCGACGAUCUUGUGGUGAAUUUCGACUACACGGAAAAGGCCCAAAUCUUCCAAUAUUACCCUCAAUACUACCACAAAACGGACAAGGAUGGCCGACCGGUGUACAUCGAACAGCUCGGCAAGAUCGACUUAGCCGCCAUGUACAAAAUCAGUACCGGCGACCGGAUGCUCAAGAACCUUAUCGUCGAGUAUGAGAAAAUGGCUGACCCCCGCCUCCCGGCCUGCUCUCGUAAAGCAGGCCACCUCCUCGAGACCAGCUGCACGAUCAUGGACCUGAAAGGCGUCGGCCUCGGCUCCGCCUCCUCGGUCUACGGCUACCUCAAGCAAGCCUCCGGUGUCUCGCAGAACUACUACCCGGAGCGCCUGGGCAAGAUGUACAUCAUCAACGCCCCCUGGGGCUUCUCCACCAUCUUCUCCUUCAUCAAGGGCUUCCUGGACCCCGUCACCGUCGAGAAGAUCCACGUCUUCGGCGGCGGCUACCAGGCCACCCUCCUGGACCAGGUGCCCGCGGAGAACCUGCCCAAGGCGUUCGGCGGCACGUGCGAGUGCGCCGAUGGCUGCGAGCUCAGCGACGCUGGCCCGUGGCACGAUCCGCAGUGGGCGAAGCCCGCGUGGUGGCAGGUCAAGAAGACGGAGCAGGAGGCUAAGAAGCCGGAGGAUAUUGCGACGGAGGAUGCGGCGGGGUCGGCUAGUAUACCCGCCGAGUCCGGAGAGGCGGCGACGGUUGAGGGGGCUGCCCCGGCCGAGGCCAAGCCGGCGGAUGCGCCGGCCGCGGCGACUGACACUCAAAAGGCACCCGUAGCAUAAAUGACGCCGUUGGUGGUGCUAGAAUUUUUCAAAGGGGCUUUUGGUAUACCUGUUCUUUCCCCCUCACCUACCUAUCGGAGAAAUGCACACCUGUUCCUGAAUGCGCUGGUCCACUCGCCUAAAGCAACCCGUCAGGAUAGACAAAUAUUAAACCCUUUUCAGUUAGCCUCAAUAAACGCAGGCGGGCAACGACCUUUGAGAUGAUGGGAUCACAACGACAGUGGUGUUUUGGAGUGAAAUAUGUGAUUUUAGACGCCAAGACCGGCGACAGACACUGCACACCUCCGGGAUCUAUAUAUAUCCCUCCCAGUACCUCAUCUGCUCCAAAGCGCUCGACAAAUAAUCCGC